GCCACCAAAGCGAGCUUCCCCCUCCUCCUUCACGGCUGCUGUGUUCUUUGUUCCUUCCCCUUAACUCUCCUCGCUUUUUCUGCUCUUCAACGCGACUUCCGACGCCGCCAUGUCUGCCGAACACGAGGAACUCAUCGACUACGAGGACGAGAACGACGUUAUCCCCAACGGCGGAGCCGCGGCACCCGCCACGAACGGCGCAGCGAAGGCGGCGGCAGGCGCUGGGGAGGGCGGGGAGGAGAAGCCAGACUUCUCUGGCAUCCACUCGACUGGAUUCAGGGACUUCUUGUUGAAGCCUGAACUGUUGCGCUCCAUUAGUGACUUGGGUUUCGAGCACCCAUCCGAGGUUCAGCAGGAAUGUAUUCCUCAAGCUGUCCUCGGCAUGGAUGUCCUGUGCCAGGCCAAGUCUGGUCACGGAAAGACCGCAGUCUUCGUCCUCGCCACGCUCCAGCAGCUGGAGCCUGUCGAUGGCGAAGUAGCCGUCAUUGUGCUCUGUCACACGCGUGAACUUGCGUUCCAAAUUCGCAACGAGUACACUCGUUUCGCGAAGUACAUGCCGCAGAUUCGCGUGUCUACCUUCUACGGUGGUACACCGGUGUCCAAGGACGCCGAGAUUCUCCGCGACAAGAACGCCUGCCCCCACAUCAUCGUCGCCACCCCCGGUCGCCUGAACGCCCUCGUACGCGACAAGGUCCUGGACGCCAAACACGUCAAGCAUUUCGUUCUCGACGAAUGUGACAAGAUGCUUGAGCAGCUCGACAUGCGACGCGACGUACAGGAGAUCUUCCGCGCGACACCCCACCACAAGCAAGUCAUGAUGUUCAGCGCCACACUCGCCAAGGAGAUCCGCGCGACGUGCAAGAAGUUCAUGGCCAACCCUCUGGAAAUCUUCGUGGAUGACGAGACAAAGCUCACCCUCCACGGUUUACAACAGCACUACGUCAAGUUGGAGGAGGCGCAAAAGAACAGGAAGUUGAAUGACCUGCUUGAUACCCUCGAAUUCAACCAGGUUGUCAUCUUCGUCAAGUCCGUCGCACGAGCGAUCGAAUUGGACAAGCUUCUGGUCUCGUGCAACUUCCCGAGUAUCAGCAUCCACUCCGGCCUGCAGCAGGAAGAGCGUAUCAACCGCUACCAGGCCUUCAAAAAUUUCGAGAAGCGCAUAUUGGUAGCGACGGAUAUCUUCGGUCGUGGUAUUGAUGUCGAGCGCGUGAAUAUCGUCAUAAACUACGACGCGCCGCCGGAUGCGGACAGCUACCUGCACCGUGUCGGUCGUGCCGGUCGCUUCGGAACGAAGGGUCUCGCGAUCACCUUCGUGUCGUCGGACGCCGACCAGCAGGUCAUGGCCGCCAUCCAGUCCCGGUUCGAGGUCGCCGUGCCCGAGCUUCCGGACUUCAUCGAGCCCAGCAGCUACAUGACGGCGUAGAGGCUUUCGCGACGUUGGGACUCUUUUGUUGAGAAUGUGUUGUGUUUUCUUGUGCCUUCGUGUAACCAUAUUCUAAAUCGUCCGAAUCGAGACUCUACUGUGAUUUGUUGAUGUUCGUUAUGCAGUGUGUCUGUUGGUCCUCGC